CUCUUGGCCAAGCCAGUAUGGUCGGUUGCAUCACUACUCCCAUCCAAAGACGCAGCCUUAGACCUACCAGAGGUCACACCUAAGCAGCUACAUCACCUGCUUCGACUGUCCGCUCUUCCGCCACCCAAGGAUCGGGUGGAGGAAGCCAGCAUGCUUUCAACGCUGUCAUCGCAGCUUCACUUUGUCAAGGAGAUACAGAAGGUAGAGACGACAGGCAUCGAACCGCUGCAUGGCCUACGCGAUGAGACUAUUCACGGCGAGCGAGAGUCCGAACUGGGGUUAGCGGCAUUGCAGUCUGCACUGGAGCAGGAAGAAGUCAAAGGUCGCCAUAGGCGCGUGCGACGCAAGCCCAGCACUCAUGCGGAAGGUGGUGACCAGCAGUGGGAUCCGUUGAGCACGGCAAGCAAGACAGUAGGACGCUUCUUCGUUGUGGAAGGUGGCAAAGAUGGCUGA